GCGGUCUGGACCAGUAUAAAAGCCAGUCCAAGAGCAGGCUCCCUCAUCCACUUCUCUUGCCUUCUCCUCCUUGGUGAACAAGGUGCACCUCCGUCGCGCAGCCAUGUCCUGCUACGAUCUGUGCCGCCCCUGUGGCCCAACCCCGCUUGCCAACAGCUGCAACGAGCCCUGUGUCAGGCAGUGCCAGGACUCCCGGGUGGUGAUCCAGCCCUCUCCCGUGGUGGUGACCCUGCCCGGACCCAUCCUCAGCUCCUUCCCCCAGAACACCGCUGUGGGAUCCACCACCUCCGCUGCCGUUGGCAGCAUCCUGAGUGAGGAGGGAGUGCCCAUCUCCUCCGGAGGCUUUGGCCUCUCUGGCCUUGGUGGCCGCUACUACGGCAGAAGGUGCCUGCCCUGCUAAAGGCGGGCUGGACGUCCAGCGAGUGCAUCGACCAGGAAGCCCGAAGCCAGGUGCUGGACUGAGGACGGAGCUGCUGGCCAGGGUUUCCGGAGGGCUUGAGCGGCCUCGCGCCCUCCUGCAAAGGAAGGAGGGGAGCAAGGUGCCAGCCUGUGCUGUCUGGAAACAUGGCCAACUGAUGCCGCCUUCUUCUCCUCCUGCUUUCGUCUGUGCGUCAUGAGUCCCUGUUGUCUCCUGCUGUCCUGUGCCACGGGUUCAUCCUGAAGCAAUGCGAGAGGGGCCCUGCUCAUCACCCUCUCCCUCUCCUGUGUGUGGGAGGCAGACGCUUGUCCCGUUGCUGUGAAGGGGUGCCUGGCUGUCAGCUGCCCUUGUAGCAGCCUGGACCGGGUCCCUUCCACCAUGCACUGCUUGCUUUCACUCUCU